AUGUUAAAUGUUAUAUAUUCAUUUGUACAACUUUCUGUAUCACACUCUUCUAUGUCCAAAUUAGAUUUAUUUUUAAAUAAUACAUUAUGUGGUCUCAUUAUUCAAGAUUCGCCUGAUUAUACAGAAGCGCAAAUUGUUGAAGCACAAUUAAAUCUUCAUAAACGUUAUGAUUAUUUGGAAAAAAUUAAGUAUUCUGAAAUGCAAUGUUCGGAAUUUAUAAAAAUGAAUCAAUUUAAUGUGCAACCUGUUACACAAAUGGAACAAAAUUUUUCAUUAGCCUACACGAUUCUAGUAUAUCAGAAUUUAUAUCAGUUUCAAGUAUUAUUGAGACUUAUUUAUCGCGUAUCGAACUACUAUUGUAUACAUGUUGAUAAAGAUGCACCAUCUUUUAUUUAUAAUUAUGCGAAAAAAGCAAGUGAAUGUUUGAAAAAUAUUUAUGAAGCACCGGAUAGGAUCCAUGUUGUCUGGAGUGAAUUUUCAACAUUACAAGCAGAACGAACUUGUCAAAUAUUUUUACUAGAAAACUUUCCUGGAUGGAAAUAUUAUAUGAAUUUAGGUAAGUAUACAAUAAAAUUAAGAGGAUUUAGUUCAACCUACUGA